CACCAAAUUUCCUGGACGGGGCGGCCGGGAUUUUGCUCGAGGGACCAGGCCCGAGUCGCGGUCCCCACAGGAACGAGGCCCGGCGAGUUGGGACCCUGCGCGGGGUCCCCCAGCCCCUGGCGGCGGCGCCCGCCCCCUGCCCCGGAGGAGGACGGGCUGCGGCGGCCCGCAUUGUCUCAGCUCCAUAGCAACUCAGCCGCGGCGGGGGCCACGCGCGCCGCUCUGCGUCGGCGUCCGCUCUGCGUCGGCGUCCGCUCCCGGCUCCCUCUCCCGGGGAGAGACGGGCGCUGCCCGGCGGUGGCGCCCUGAGGGCCCCGCGCGGGCGCCGGGCGCGGGCAACGGCGGCGGCAUGCCGGAGAAGCGGCUCACCGCGGAGCCACCAGAUAUUACAGAAGAAGAAUUUGAAGAUUCUUUGGCAACAGAUGAUUUCCUUGUGGACUACUUUAAUGAAUUCCUAAGCCUUCCAACCUUUUCAGAGGCAAUUAGAUUUAAUGCGGAUUAUGGAGUUUUUGAAGUAGUUAACAAUGCUCCACAACUUCUGGAAAAGCAACUGAAAAAAAUUCUACAAAACCAGCAACCUCGAAAUCCCAUCUAUGAUGUUGUAAGGAAAGGAAAGAAUGAUAUUAAACCUGUUCAAAUGAAUGCCCCCUAUGAAAAUGAGACCAUUAAUGUCAACUACAAUAUUAUGUGUCUCAGUCGUGAACAAGGUAUUAAGUGGAUCAAAAAAGAAAGACUUCCAGCAUUUCUGGAAAGUGAUUGCUACUUUGAAUACAGAUUAGCCAAAUUGGUCUCACAAGUACGAUGGAGCAGAUCAGGCAUGAACAUUACACUCGAUGCAGACUUUUCCCCCUGGGUCCUGAAAAAACCACCCAGUCCACCACCACCUGUCACUGAAGAAGAAAAUGUUACAAUAAUGAAAAAGUUCUACAUUUCUCUUGGUGAGGCCACCUAUACUCAAACGAAAGAUUGGUUUACACUGGCAAAACAGAGUCUGCAAACAGUAUCAACGUUUUCAUUACCAUCUUGUGUACUCCACAGCAAAACUGAACCACCGGUUAUUUCAUCUGUUUCUGAAAGUUUUAUCUUUGAUGAUGGAAUUCACCCGAGGACAAAACGGGACUCAUGUGAAUCCACUAGAUUAAUUUCUCAUUUCAAAGAAGAAGAUGGGUCUGUAUGUCUACAAGACACUCCUUCUCAAGAGCUUCUGAGAAUAUACCUUGAAAAGCAACAGGAUGCUGAUGAUGGCCUUAUAUUGCAUUUCUCAACAUGUGAAGAAUUUUUAAGAUCUUACGUAGCCUUUAUUUUGAGAGUAGCAAUUCAUCACAUUUUUGAAGAGCCACUUAGAGAAAGCCCAGAUUUUAUAAAUUUCAACAAGGUAACAGAAGUGGUGAUUGAGGAGGGUUUUGAGCCUGUUCCUGGCAGGAAUGUUGUGUCAAGUGAAACAUUUCAAACCUAUGUCAAGUCAAAAGAGAUGCUAGAACAAGCAAGUUUAAAAAGUGAGAGCAUUGGACAAGAGAGCAGGGCUGAUUGGUGUAUUUCUCACAAAGCUUAUGAUAUUGGCAAUAGAAAAGAGUUUGAAAGAUUUAAGAAAUUUUUAAAAGGUACACUAGGAGAGAGAUAUUGGUUGUUAUGGAUGGAUAUUGAGAGGUUAAAAGUUCUUAAGAACGCUGGAAGACAUCAAAGACAUCUUGAAAAGAUGAAAAAAUGCUAUUUAGUGAGCAGUGGAGAUUGCUACCUUUCUGCAGAAAUAUUAUCAAAACUUAAACUGCUAGAUGCAUCUCAGUGGAAUGAAGAACAUUUAAGAAAUAUUCAGAUUGAGGUUGUAAAACCCUUACUUCUCUAUUGGGCGCCAAGAUUCUGUGUUAGUCAUUCAUCCCCAGCAAAACAUGCUAGUGCUGAACUGAAAUUCUGGCAUCUCCGUCAAGAGAAACCAAGGAAGGAUGUUGACCCUUUUCCACAGAUGGCAACCCUCUUGCCAUUAAGACCUAAAUCGUGCAUUCCACAGGUAUGUGAUAUGCAGAAAGAAGAAUCCAAUUUAUUACAACAUCUUAAAUCUCCCAAGAAACCACCUAGAGCAAAAACGGCAGUUCAAAAACCUUGGAAGAGCAAGUCUUUGUAUCUGAUUUCUUCGAAGGACGAUGUGAUUGAGAAAGGGUUGAGGCACAGAUCAGAAAGCACCAGAGUUAUUCGCUUAACAUCUUUUACUGAUAUUUCUGAAUGUCUGAAGCCCCAGCUGGAUAGAAGAUACACUUAUACAGAAGAAUCUUUGGUUAAAACCAUGGCAGAUGGUGCCUUGGGAGGAUUUGACAUGGAAAAUUUGUUGCAAUCUUUGUAUGUAGAAAAUAGAGCUGGAUUCUUCUUUACCAAAUUCUGUGAGCACUCAGGAAAUAAGUUGUGGAGGAAUAGUGUGUACUUUUGGUUUGACCUACAGGCUUAUCAUCAGCUCUUCUACCAAGAAACACUUCACCCUUUUAAAGUAUGCAAACAAGCCCAAUAUCUUUUUGCCACAUACAUUGCUCCUUCGGCCACUCUUGACAUUGGACUCCAACAGGAAAAGAAAAAAGAAAUUUAUAUGAGAAUACAGCCACCAUUUGAAGACCUUUUUGACACAGCAGAAGAAUAUAUCCUUCUCCUCCUUCUUGAGCCCUGGACACAGAUGGUAAAAUUAGACCAAGUUGCUCUUAGAAAGGUGGAGCUGGUGGAAGAAACUAGACAGCUAGACUCCACAUACUUCAGAAAGCUACAGGCUUUGCAUAAAGAGACAUUUUCCAAGAAAGCUGAGGACACUACUUGUGAAGUUGGAACUGGUAUUUCACCGCUUCCUGAUGUGUGUAAAAAAACAGAAUACUGGAAUAAUGUUCCUGAAGAAUAUAGGCACUUCAGUUUUAAUGAUCUGCUUAACAACAAACUGGAGUUUGAACAUUUCCGUCAGUUUCUUGAGGCUCAUUCUUCAAGUGUGGACCUUAUGUGCUGGACAGACAUUGAGCAGUUCCGAAGAAUAAUUUACAGAGACCGAAAGCAAAGGGAAGCAAAAUCUAUAUAUAUUAAAGACAAAUACCUUAAUAAAAAAUAUUUCUUUGGCCCCCAAAGUCCAGCUUCUCUGUAUCAGCAAGACCAGAUAAUGAAUUUAAGUGGUGGCUGGGGAAAGAUGCUCCAUGAGCAGCUCGAUGCACCUGUUCUAAUUGAAAUUCAGAAGCAUGUCCUAAAUAAGCUAGAAAAUGUGUGGUUGCCAUUAUUUCUUGCAAGUGAACAGUUUGCAGCACGUCAGAAGAUAAAGGUACAGAUGAGGGAUGUAGCUGAGGAGCUCUUACUACAGAAGCAUGAAAGGAAAAUCGGGGUCUGGAAGCCUGUGGAGAGUAAAUGGAUAUCUUCAUCUUGUGAAAUCCUGGCUUUUCGUAAAGCAUUAUUGAAUCCAGUUACCGCAAGACAGUUUCAACGGUUUGUGGCUCUAAAAGGAGAUUUAUUGGAAAACGGGGUACUCUUUUGGCAAGAAGUACAAAAAUAUAAGGACUUGUGCCAUUCUCAUUGUGAUGAGUCCAUCAUUCACAAGAAGAUCAUGACUAUUAUCAACUGCUUUAUUAAUUCUAGUAUUCCACCAGCUUUACAAAUUGACAUUCCAAUAGAGCAAGCCCAGAAGAUUAUUGAACACAGGAAGGAGUUAGGACCCUAUGUAUUUAGAGAGGCACAGAUGACAAUUUUUGGGGUUCUAUUUAAAUUUUGGCCUCAGUUUUGCGAGUUUAGGAAGAACUUAACUGAUGAAAAAAUUAUGAGUGUUUUAGAGAGAAGACAAGAAUAUAAUAAGAAAAAAAAAUUGGCAGUCACAGAAGACGAGAAAUUUGCAAAGGAUGGAAGCAAACAAUAUGCAAGUUCUUCAGGAUCUGCUAUCAAAACAGCUGCUUUACCCAGUGACCCAGUUUUCAGCCUGCAAGCAUAUGGUCGACAGCCAACCUGGUGCUACUCCAAGUACAUAGAAGCCUUAGAACAAGAGAGGAUUCUUCUUAAAAUUCAAGAAGAACUGGAAAAAAAGUUAUUUACAGCUACACCAUCUUUUACAAAUUUUAAGUCUGCUGCUUCAGCUGUGUCUUUGAAAAAGACUGUAUCUUCCUAUAACAUCCAGAAGUGACAGUACUCAUGUGGGUGUAUAAUCUGCUGCUGCUAGAUGCAAGCUCUAGGGGCAGCAGCUUGCCCUGUUACCACAGUUCUUUGAAGGAUCCAAGAAGAGUUGUGGAUUUUCAGGUUAGUUAAUUGUGAGGACAGUAGUGGUGACUUCUAAGCUCCAUAACAUGUCGGAUGGGACCCUGAAGUUUGGCACCAGUAUUUUAAAGUAUUCUGUAAUCAGUUUUAUUAAGAUAAAAUUAAGAAAAGUUAAAUUAUUAGUUUAAAUUUUUAUUGUUAUGUAUAUACUAAAUGAUGACAGUUUUUAUAUAAUAAAUAUUUACAUGUUCAUUUGGCCUAAUCUCAAAGCAUCCCCCAGCAGGGGCUAGUCUCAAUUUUUUAGCACUAAAGGCAAUUUUCUUACAUUAUCGUGCUCUGACUGUGGUUCUACUUUUGGCUACCACUCCUGACUUUGGUUCUACUGAUUCUUCUUAACAUCUCUUCAUCCAUCUAUCCCCUCCUUCCCUUGCCCCCGUUGGAUGACUGCCUUGUUCCAGAUUCUUAUCACCUUGAAUCUGAGUCCUAAUUAGUAUCUCUUUCUCCUUCCUGGCUACCCUCCAACUGUGCUCAGAGUGAUUUUUAUAAAAUCAUAACCUUCUUAUGAUGUUACUUUGCCUAAAGCCUUCAUUAAGAUGACUGGUAAGCCUGUAAUUGAUAGAAGUUCUUUUUGUUUUUGUUUUUGAGUUUAUUUAUUUUUGAGGGAGGGAGGGAGGGAGGGAGAGAGAGAGAGAGAGAGAGAGAGAAAACCCUUGCAAGCAGGGGAGGGGCAGAGAGAGAGGGAGAGAGAGAGAAUCCCAGGCAGCCUCCGUGCCAUCAGCACAGAGCCACACUGUGGGCUCAAUCUCACGAACUGCGAGAUCAUGACCUGAACCAAAAUGGAGAGUCUGACGCUUAACUGACUGAGCUACCCAGGUGCCCCAAGAAGUUCUUUACUUAACAUGACAUUCAUAGAAGUCCCUCCUGUCUUCUGAUAUAAAUAUUUAGAUCAGGCAUUUGUUCCUCUGGGGAGUUGUCUUUGAUAUUCUUCUCUUACCCAAGAUGCCCAACCCCCACCCCCACAAUCACAUAAGUUCUCACUCCCUCUUCUGUUUUACCACACUGUAGCUUAUUUAUUACUCUAUAAUAACCCUUGUCAUGUGGAUUGUAAUUUUUUGUUUACAUGCCUCUUUCCCCAGUAAAACUGUUAUAUGAACUUUUAUUAUAGCACCUUACAUAGAACAUCUAGAAAAUAGAUGUUCACUAAAUAUUAGUUGAAAAAAAUGAAGGAAAUAUCUCCACUGUAAAAAUCACAAGAAGGUAAAAAUCACUGCUUGUGUAAGAAAGGUCAGUAUAAUGCUAUUCACAAGAAUUUGCCAUUAAUAUGUUUUUAAUGUUUAUUUAUUUUUGAGAGAGAGAGAGAGCGCACCUGUGCUAGUGGGGCAAGGGCAGAGAGAGAGAGAGAGAGAGAGAGAGAGAGAGAGAGAGAACCCCAAGCAGGCUCCGCACCAUCAGCGCAGAGCCCCAGUGAUGUAGGGCUCAAUCUCACGAACCAUGAGAUCAUGACCUGAGCUAAAAUCAAGAGUCAGAUGCCCAACCAACUGAGCCACCCAGGUAUCCUGCCAUUAAUAUUUUUAUAAUUAUAAACAUGUAGUGAUGUCACAGUUUCAUGUAAAGUGUAUAAUCUUUGUUCUAUCUAUAUCAUUUCUCAUAUUUAUGAAAAUACACCUGUAUGUCAUCAUGUCUUUCAGAGAAGAAAUUAGUACUUAUUAAAUCACAUUAAAUCACUUAAAUCACUUUAGGCCUGGGUUUCUCAGCCUUGGCACUAUUGACAUUUUAGGUCAACUAUUUCUUUGUUAUGGAGGUUUGUUCUGUGCAAUGUCAGAUGUUUCACAAUAUCCCUGUUCUCUACCCACUGUAGACCACUAGCACCUCCCCAGUUGUGACAACCCAAAAUGUUUCCAGAUAUUACCAAGUCAUACCUGGUUGAGAACCACUGCUUUAGACUUUGGAACAUUUUUAUGUUUAAUUUUUUGAGAUAUCUACUUACAAUGAAACCUUUAAAUUCUAGUUUCCCACCAUACCCUCUUUUAAAUAAGUAUUAUAGACCUAACCCAUAACACUACCAAUAAUACCUUCUAACUGAUGACUUAUUUGUUUUAGUAAGUAUAUUACAUCCACUUGAAUAAUUUCUCUUCUUUUACAUUAUGUUUGGAAGUGUAACCCCUAAAGGAAAUGCUCAGCCAAUAUUUGUUGAAUUAAUAAAACUUAAAAUAAAUUCCUUACUUACAUUUAAUGUAACAUAUAUUUUAGGUAAUCUUGUAAGUGACUUUAAAUCUGACUUGGGUUUGUAUGAAUAAAUAAAUUAAUUUUAAUUGUGCUAUUUGUUUACAUCUGAUGUGCUU